AUGAUAAUAAGGGAACCGUAUGAGCCUGCUGAAGGCCUUCUUUUAGAACUUGUAUCCGCAUUGAAAUCGGAAUCAGAGAUGAAUCUGAAAGGAAUAAUUGCAAUGAAUGGAGAGCAGAUAGAGAUGGACAACAAGAUUUGGAGUGAGCUACCGGAGGAGCUAUUAAUAUUGGUUUUGUCUAGUCUGCCCACUCUCAUUAGUAGGAAUUUCAGGGUCGUCUGUAAAAGAUGGCAGGAUUUGCUUCUACCCUCACCCAUGUUUCGAGACAUAUCAUCGACGCUUGUGCCUUCUUCGUCUCCUGCUUUCCUCGUUGGUGCCGCCUAUUCACCACACAGUAGGAAAACACAUCGUUUAUAUCUUCUUGACUCACGGCCACUCGGGGUGUAUCCAUUCUCGUUAGAUUUCCUGGGACGUGGGCGCUUCAGUGUUCUGACGUCCUGCAAGGGCAUCCUUUGUUGCCGUUCAAGUUAUACGCAAGGAGGUCCCACUUUCUUCUACAUUUUCAACCCUCUUACCAGGACAUCGCUUUCCCUAAGGUCUCCCCCUGACCCUAAAAGGCUUCCCCCUUACCGUUCUUCUUUCGAUUUUGUACGAUAUUUAGGAUUCUAUGGAUUGGCAUUCGAUUCUGCCACAAGGAGCUACAUCUUGGUCAUAGGAUACAACAAUCCCAUCAAUGGAGAAAGGAACAAUAUGGAGAUGCAGAUCUAUGAUUCAUGCACUAAUGAAUGGACAUUAAUCAACAUGAAUCUAUCCAAUCCAAUUAUUCCAUCGAGGGGAGGGAUUUACUCGAAAGGGAAUUUUUACUGGAUUAAUGGUGACAGUUCUAUGAUUAUUACAUUUCAUGUUGCAGUAUUUAAUGUUGCAAACAGGAAUUGGAGUAUUAUAGAGCUACCAAGCCGACCUGAGAAUUCUGGUGACCCUUCUCAUUGGCAUUUAACUGGGUCUGAUGGGAAUGUGCUUGUGGCGUAUAAGAAAGAUCUUUCAUUAUGGAAGUUGGAUGAAGAGGACAACAGCUGGUCAGAAUUGCAGUUGUUUCCGAGGAGCUUGCGUGAAGAAAACAUGAGGCGUCUAAAUGAUCACUCUCGCCGGAAUUUGGGAACAGAAGUGGUGGCUAACAGUUGUGGGUGGAUUUUGGUAUAUAUGGGCGGUUGCAAGAUGAUUGUAUUUGACGCACAGGGGAGAAUAAUUCUGUGCAUUCAAGGUAAGUUGCUUGAAUUCUUUCAUGAUAUUGGACGGUCAUGGAACGUUUUUGGCUACGAAAUCAACAAUGUUUGGUGGCCUUGA